AUGGCUGAGCCCCAACUCCAGGCUUCCCAGCAACGCCGUGGGAAAGUCAUGACGGCCGCCGCGGGUUCGGCUGGCCGCGCGGCGGUGUCCCUGUUGCUGUGUGCGCUGCUGGCGCCCGGGGGCGCGUACGUACUCGACGACUCCGACGGGCUGGGCCGGGAGUUCGACGGCAUCGGCGCGGUCAGCGGCGGCGGGGCAACCUCCCGACUUCUGGUAAAUUACCCAGAGCCUUAUCGUUCUCAAAUAUUGGAUUAUCUCUUUAAGCCAUACUUUGGUGCCUCUUUGCAUGUUCUAAAAGUUGAAAUAGGUGGUGAUGGGCAAACAACAGAUGGCACUGAACCCUCCCACAUGCACUAUGUGCUAGAUGAGGAUUAUUUUCGAGGAUAUGAGUGGUGGUUAAUGAAGGAAGUAAAGAAGAGGAACCCUGAUAUUAUACUUAUUGGAUUGCCAUGGUCAUUCCCUGGAUGGCUGGGAAAAGGUUUCAACUGGCCUUAUGUAAAUCUUCAGCUGACUGCCUACUAUGUUGUGACUUGGAUUGUGGGUGCCAAGCGUUAUCACGAUUUGGACAUCGAUUAUAUUGGGAUAUGGAAUGAGAGGUCAUAUGAUAGCGAUUAUAUAAAGGUGUUAAGAAAAAUGCUGAACUACCAAGGUCUUCAGCAAGUGAAAAUCAUAGCGAGUGAUAAUCUCUGGCAGCCUAUUUCUGCUGCUAUGCUACUUGACUCUGAACUCUUGAAGGUGGUUGAUGUUAUAGGGUCUCAUUAUCCUGGUACCCACACAGUAAAGGAUGCAAAGUUGACUGGGAAGAAGCUUUGGGCUUCUGAAGAUUUUAGCACUUUAAAUAAUGACGUGGGUGCAGGCUGCUGGGGUCGCAUAUUGAAUCAGAAUUAUAUCAAUGGCUAUAUGACUUCCACAAUCGCUUGGAAUUUGGUGGCUAGUUAUUAUGAACAGUUGCCUUAUGGGCGAUGCGGCUUGAUGACUGCCCAGGAGCCAUGGAGUGGACACUACGGAGUAGACUCUCCACUCUGGAUAUCAGCUCAUACCACUCAGUUUACUCAACCAGGUUGGUAUUACCUGAAGACAGUUGGCCAUUUAGAGAAAGGAGGAAGCUACGUAGCUCUGACUGAUGGCUUAGGUAACCUUACCAUCAUCGUUGAAACUAUGAGUCAUAAACAUUCUAAGUGUAUACGGCCACUUCUCCCUUAUUUCAAUGUGUCGCAUCAAUUUGCUACAUUUAUUCUUAAGGGAUCUUUUAGUGGAAUACCAGAGUUACAGGUGUGGCAUACCAAACUUGGAAAACCAUCUGAGAGAUUUCUUUUUAAACAACUGGAUUCUCUAUGGCUCCUUGACAGUGGUGGCAGUUUUACACUGGAACUGCAAGAGGAUGAGCUGUUCACACUCACUACUCUCACAACAGGUCACAAAGGCAGCUACCCACCUUCUCCAAAAUCCCAGCCUUUCCCACGUACCUAUAAAGAUGAUUUCAAUGUUGACUACCCAGUUUUUAGUGAAGCUCCAUAUUUUGCUGAUCAGACUGGUGUAUUUGAAUAUUUUACAAAUAUUGAAGACCCUGGAGAGCAUCGUUUCACGCUACGCCAGGUUCUCAAUCAACGACCCAUUACUUGGGCUGCUGAUGCAUCCAACACUAUCAGUAUUAUAGGAGAUUACAAAUGGAGCAAUAUUACUAUACAGUGUGAUGUGUACAUAGAGACCCCCAAGACGGGAGGUGUGUUCAUUGCGGGAAGAGUAAAUAGAGGCGGUAUUUUGAUUAGAACUGCCAGAGGAGUUUUCUUCUGGAUUUUUGCAAAUGGAUCUUACAAAGUUACAGGUGAUCUAGCUGGAUGGAUCAUAUAUGCUUUAGGACGUGUUGAAGUUACAGCAAAAACGUGGUAUACACUUACAUUAUCUAUUAAGGGUCGUUUCUCCUCUGGCAUGCUGAAUAACAAGCCUCUGUGGACAGACAUCCCUGUAAAUUCCCCGAAGAAUGGCUGGGCCGCGAUUGGGACUCACUCCUUUGAAUUUUCACAGUUUGACAACUUUCAUGUGGAAGCCACAUACUAAUACUGACAGGACAUCAUAGCACGCUUUAGAUUUUCUUUCUUUUUGGUUCAGAGCCAAUUCUUGUUUUGAUGAACCAAUAUAUAAGCCUUUGGAAGUUAAAAAAUAAUGAAGAGUAAAUGCAGAGAAAAAUAUAUUUUUGCUUGAACCUGUGGGAGAUUUUAUUGCAACUAAUUCCAGGGGAAAACAGGUGAAUCUUUAAUAUUACGUGGUGUGUCCCCUAAAAUUCAAGAAGUCUUCUUCUUGCAAGUGGUUUGGGUGGUUCAGAGCUAGAAGCUUUGGUGCUAACACUGAGGUAGUUCUCUUCAUUUUAUUUGCAAGUGAUCAUACAGAUGGCAGUAACUUGAUCAGCACCGAGAUGUAUUGAUAAAUGCUGACGCUGUGUCCACUUGAGCCAAUGUCUUCAUCAUGAGAAAAUGCUUCCAUAAUGGGAAGCUGAAGAAUACUGGAAGUGCUGCUUUUUGAAAACCACUUCAGCAUGUUAUGUUCACACUCUAAAAAGUUUUUUUUUUUCUUUUCCUUUUUAAGAUGAUGCUUUUGAAUUGUAGGAUAUGAUGAGUGGGAUGAUUUGAAAAAUGUCUCAUUAAUAAACUACCUCUAAAUUU